AUGGUCCGCAUCGCUCUCACUACCGUCCUGGCUUUUGCCGCCUCUGUUCUUGCCCUGGCCCCUAACAACGCUGGAGCCAAGGACGUCGGUAACGGCAAAGCCCAGCAGUUCACCACUGGCGGGUGCGUCGCCGACGCGGACUGCCGCAGUGCAUGCUGCGCCGAGAUCAACACCAGCGGUGUUGGCAUCUGCUCCGCUGAAGGCGCACAAUUCCAGAACGGGAAGCAAGGCUGUGGCUUUGAGGAUCCCAACUCAGCUGCCACAAUCGCUGCGGCCCAGGCUCAAGUUGAGAAGCAGGGCUUUUAG